CAGUCACAUUCUCUUUAAUCUAUUGGUAUCCUUUUUCCUCUUAUAAUUAUUCCUUUAAUAUCAAUUAAAUAUUUCUAAGAUAAUUACCAUUAUAUUUAUUGAAUUUAGAGUAUAUUUAGGAAUACUUACCAAACGUCUUUACCUGAGCAUUAUCAGAAAGUGCAUAUAACUAAUAAUAUCGUCUCUAGAAGUUUCAACGAAUUAAGUGAAUCAUAUAAUGGAUGGCCCAUACUUUGGGGAUAAUGGCUAUGGCUGGGAUGAAGAGCCUGACAUGAUGGAUAAUGGUUUUCAACCUGGUAACUUUGGCCCAAGGCCAGGUUUUAAUAGGGGUGAUUUCAGAAACCGCCAUUAUAGAAAUGCCUAUGGGAAUUAUAGAGGUGGAUAUGGUCCAGAUGGAGGCUAUGGACCUCCACCUUUAUUUGGCUCUCCUGAUUUUGGGCCAGGCCCAGGGAUGAGACCAAAUCCACCGUUUAUGUGGGGAAGAGGUUUUGGGCCUAGAGGACCCCCAAUACGUAAAGUUAAUAUGGAAGACAAAGCCAUGAGAUUUCUUAUACGUAUGGGCGUACCAAAAGAUGUUUUAAAAAAUACGCCAAAAGAAAUUUUGUAUCUGAUGGAGCCUGAAUUUUGUGGUAUAUGUACCAUAAAAUUGGAAACGGUAGCUGUCGCCCGGAUGCAUUAUAUAUCCAAAAAUCAUCUGAGGAAUCAGAAAAAAUGGCUAAAAGAACAUCCUGAUGUUUAUCACCAUAGAGAGGUACCGCUGAAGUCUCGUGAUCUUUACUGCGAAAUUUGUGAUGUUCACAUCACAUCUAAAAGUCAUGCCGAUUCGCAUUAUGCUGGGAAGCCACAUCGCGCUAUCGUUGAUGGACGGAAAUUACCAAGAAACCCAUUUUUGCUUCAAAAAGGAAUGGAAGGCCGAUUGGAAACUCUGAUUCGGCGUGAGAAAAAGUUUAUUAAACCUGAAGAAUGUGAAGCACACCAGCAACAGGUUCUGCAAGAAGCGAAGGCUAUUCAGCCCGACCUAUUCUGCGAUAUAUGUAAGACUUCUGUUACGUGCACAGAGCAGAUGACUAUGCAUUUGAAUGGCAAAAGACACCUUACUAAGGAAAAACAGCAUAUUUUGAAAAUGAUGAAAGGAGAGACAACAGAGACGUCUUUGGGAGGUGAAGGCUUUCCUCAAGGAGAAGCAAACAAAGCAUCUGCUACAAAUGAAGAAGAUGCAGAGCAAGAGGAAUCUGCAGAAAACCAGCAGGAUAACUAUGAUUGGGGUAAUGGUAGUGGAACCUGGGAUGAGCCAGCUACUGAAACUACUACUAAUUAGAGGAUGUCAUCUAUUAUAUAUGGAUUUUCUCUACUUCUAUAUUUAUGAAUAAUUAAUAAUUAUUAUUUGUGUCAUUAAUUUCACUUUGAAAUAAAUAAAUAAAUGUAUUCAGUGUAAA